UAUAAAAAUAGAGAAUAUCUUCUACUUUUGCAUGUUAUUCUACCACUUCAAAUAAACAAACAGGUUUUGUUGUUUAUUCAACUGACGUAGCCCUCUGAUCACGGCCAAAACUUAUAAUGCUAUUUUAAUAUGAAUAUUAGGGUCAUUUUUUAAGAUUUGGGUUAGACUCAAUCUCCCAAAUCGAAGAGAAAGUAGCUUUCCAUAUAAAUAGUCUUAGUUGCUUUUGCCUCCAAAAAUCACUCUUUAUAGUUCCACAAUUAUUUUCUUCGUCUUUUCCUCAUUCACACUCCAAUUAAUUAUUUUCUCCGGCUUCGUCGCUCCAAUGGGAAAAUAUUAUUUUAGCUUUGAAUAAAAGGAAACUCUCCAUUUCCUACUUCAUCAUUAAUCCUUCCCAUUUGCCCAUCAUAUCCACACACACUCUAUAUAUACAUGUAUAUGGAUUUCAUAGUUCAAUAUUCUAAAAAAUUACUACUGUCAAAAUAAAGCCAAAAAAUGCCAAAAUCUCCCCAUUUUCUCAUCCUUGCACUACUCUUACCAAUCCAUUAUUUGAUGGAUUAUAGCUCAGCCAAAACCGAUAUCAACACCGAUCGUUCUUCCCUUCUCGCCUUAAAAUCCCAAAUCACAUUAGAUCCUCAAAAUAUAUUGACCCAAAAUUGGAGCACCGAAGCCAGUGUUUGCAGUUGGAUCGGAGUUACUUGUGAUUCACGUUACAAUAGGGUUACUCAGUUGAAUAUAUCGUCCAUGGGUCUUGUCGGAACCCUCCCACCAGAAAUUGGGAAUCUUUCUUCUCUCGUUUCUUUAGACGUGAACGAGAACUCCUUUCAUGGCCCCAUUCCCCCAUCUAUCUUCAACAUGUCAUUUCUAGAAGUUUUGGAACUAAGGAAUAAUAAUUUGUCUACCAGUUUACCUCUUGAUAUGUGCAAACGCAAUCUGCAUAGUCUCAAGAGGCUUCAUAUAUCUUACAACGAGAUGUAUGGGGAAAUACCAUCGAGUUUGGGGCAGUGUUCACAGCUUGAGUAUCUUUCUUUGUACAAUAACAAUUUCACUGGAUUUGUGCCGACAGAAAUUGGGAACUUGACGAAGCUUCAAACGUUGGACCUUGGUGAAAAUAAGUUGACUGGAGUUAUUCCACAAGAGAUACAUCAUCUUCAUAAUUUAAGAGUGUUGGACUUGAGUUUGAACAAGUUGUCAGACACUUUGCCACCAACCAUUUUCAACAUGUCUUCCUUGGCAUGGAUUGACUUAUCAAGUAACACACUUAGCGGGGCAUUGCCUUCAGAAAUUGGGAACAAGAAAGCAGUACUAGAGUCUUUAUACCUUGAAAACAAUGCUUUAACCGGUACUAUUCCGAAAGAGAUUGGAAAUCUUCAUAAUUUGCAGAAAAUGUGGUUGCAUUCCAACAAACUUAGCGGAUCAAUCCCGAGAGAAGUGGGGAACAUGACAUCUCUGGGAGGCUUACAGCUCGGCAGUAAUAGUUUAAGUGGUACUAUUCCUAAAGAGAUUGGAAAUCUUCGUAAUUUACAGUACUUAAUUUUGUCUUCCAACAAAAUUAGUGGAUCAAUCCCGAGAGAAGUGGGGAACAUGACAGCUCUUGACCAGUUAUUGCUCGACAAUAAUACUUUAAGUGGAGUUAUUCCAGAAGAGAUACAUCGUCUUCAUAAUUUACGAGAGUUGAACUUGAGUUCGAACAAGUUAUCAGGCACCUUGCCACCAACCAUUUUCAACAUGUCGUCCUUGGCAUGUAUUGACUUAUCAAGUAACACACUUAGCGGGGCAUUGCCUUCAGAAAUUGGGAACAAGAAAGCAGUACUAGAGUCUUUAUACCUUGAAAACAAUGCUUUAACCGGUACUAUUCCGAAAGAGAUUGGAAAUCUCCAUAAUUUGCAGGAAUUGUGGUUGCAUUCCAACAAACUUAGCGGAUCAAUCCCGAGAGAAGUGGGGAACAUGACAUCUCUGGGAGGCUUACAGCUCGGCAAUAAUAGUUUAAGUGGUGCUAUUCCAAAAGAGAUUGGAAAUCUUCAUAAUUUACGGUUCAUGUGGUUGGGUUCCAACGAACUUAGCGGAUCAAUCCCGAGAGAAGUGGGGAACAUGACAGCUCUGGGUAGCAUACACCUCCAGAAUAAUAGUUUAAGCGGUAUCAUUUAUUAUCACCUAUCCACGAGUCUAGCUCCUCAAGCUAGCAUGCGAGUUAAUUUCAUUUGAUCUUCUUUAAUUAUGUGGUAUGUUGUCUUUGAAGUUGGUAGGGGUCAUUCAUCGUGUUGUUAUUUUAUGUUAUGCAUAAUUACUCCUCUUUUCAGGUCCAAUGUCUAAAUCCUUGAUCGAUCAAUUGUCAAAGUCUAAAUAAAAAUAACAAUAACUCACUAACAUAAAAU